AUGCUCACUUCCGACGUGCAACACGGCAUCCUGCGAAACCUCCCAAUCCACGCUUGGUCCCACGAAGCAUCGCGUAGGACGACGGAGUAUCAUACUCCCUCCAAAGCUACCUCUCACAUCGAAAUCGUGACAUGGAACGUUGACUUCAAGGGACAAGUCGCCGCUGCCGGUCGAGUGUCCUGCAUACUCGACCACCUCAGAGACGUCGUGCUCGAAAACGAGCUGCAGUCGGCUGUGAUCCUACUACAGGAACUGAAUCAGUUCAGCUUCGCCAGUGUUCUCGAGCACAGCUGGGUGCGAAAGCAUUUCGCCAUUACUCCUCCUGACACGAAGAGCUGGCCCUGGCCGCCUCGGUACGGCAUUUCCACACUUGUCUCGCGCCAGCUGCAGGUCGGAGUAGCCUACAACGAGAUGCUGCAUUUCCGCAAGACUGUCAUGGGCCGCACUGCGGUGUUCGUCGACGUGUCGCUGCAGCUGUCAGGCGAUGAACCUAACUACGCCAAACAAGUCAUCCGCAUCGCGAAUACUCACCUGGAGUCACUCUCGGACGAGGUGCGUUUUCGCCCGAUCCAACUGCGCGCGACUGCGGACCUCCUGCGUGCUCCAGGAGUACAUGCCGGAGUGGUGGGAGGCGACAUGAACAUGGUCCUUCCUGUGGACCAAGACAUACACGUCGCCGCUGGGCUGGGUGAUGCGGGCACGGAUGGGCCCGACUCGCUCACGUGGGGGUUCCAACCUCGGUCAGGGCGUUGGGCCGCCAAGAGAAUGGACCGCGUAUUCUACACUCCCUCACCUGGGUUCGUCGUCGAGCCUGUGAAGGUGAUCGGGAAGGGCCUGACAACAGCAGACGGUCGAUGGGCGAGCGACCACUACGGCCUUUUGACCAGGAUCGGUCUGCGACAGACCGAGACUUGGCAAUAG